AUGCCGUUCGGCCUUAAGAAUGCGGGUGCCACAUUCCAAAGAAUGGUAUACCUGUUGUUCGGAAUUCUCAUCGGAGAAAUCAUGGAGGCUUAUAUUGACGAUAUGGUGGUGAAAAGUCUCAAGGCCGAGAAUCACCUCUCUCAUCUUGCCGAGGUCUUUGCAAUAUUGAAGAAGCACAAGCUACGGCUUAACGCCGACAAAUGCGCCUUUGGCGUUAGCUCCGGGAAGUUCCUCGGCUAUUUGGUUACUCGGCGUGGUAUCGAAGCAGAUCCGAACCAGAUCUCAGCUAUACAGCAAUUGAAACCACCAUCAACUCCUCGGGCAAUUCAGAAGCUAACCGGGAUGGCAGCGGCUCUCAACAGGUUUAUUAGCCGCUCGUCGGAUAAAUGCCAUGUCUUCUUCCAAACUCUCAAGAAGCAAAGCCGACGAAGUUUCAAGUGGACGGAAGAUUGUGAUGCAGCCCUCACCAAGCUGAAAUCCUAUCUUUGUUCGGCUCAUCUUCUUGUCAAACCAGUAGCUUUUGAAACUCUCCAUCUCUAUUUAGCUGUCUUUCCACAUGCCGUGAGUUCGGCACUUGUCCGACGGGAAGGCCUUGAGGACCAACCUAUCUACUUUUCAAGCCGAACCUUGCUCCCAGCACAGACUAGAUAUCUGCCAUUAGAGAAGCUUCUUCUAGCAUUGGUUACAGCAGCUCGGAAAUUGCUCCCUUAUUUUCAAGAGCACCCUAUCAUAGUUCUCACAGAGUUUCCACUUAAAAAUCUCUUGAGGAAGGCUGAUCUAUCAAGCAGAGCACAAGUAUUGGCAGACUUUAUUGCUGAAUUCACCCCUGGAAGCCCGGACGAGGAAGCAUUGGUCAAGCCUAAUUAUGGGAUGCUAGAACAACAAGAGGCUCGAAAAGUUUGGAACUUAUUUAGCGGAGACGUUUGGAAGUUGCACGUUGACGGGGCAUCAAACAGUCACGGCUCGGGUGCAGGGGUCGUUCUUAUAAACCCUUGGGCGUCCUUCAUGAAACUGAUCGUCAAUCAAGUAACAGGUGAUUAUGAAGCUCGGGACCCAAGAAUGAUUAAGUAUCAAGCUACCGCUCUAGAGUUAAUCCGAGGGUUCAAAGGAUUCCAAAUCGAACAGAUCAACAGAGAGAACAACGCUCAUGCCGAUGCUCUCGCAAGUUUGGCCUCGGCAAGCAAAGCAUCUGAAUUCCGACACAUCAGCUUCGGCGAAAUCCACCAGCCAAGCUUCGAAAUCUCGGAAGAAGUAUUCAACAUUUCCCUCGGCCCAAGUUGGAUGGAUGAAAUUGUCUCGUUCCUCAAAGAUGAUACUCUACCCUCUGACAAAAAGGAGGCCCACCGUGUACGCAGCAAAGCAGCCUACUACUGGAUCUCUGAGCUCGGUCAACUAUACAGGAAAAGCUUCACUGGGCCAUAUCUUCGAGUUGUUCACCCAACCGAGUGGGUGGAAGCCGAGCCGUUAGUCACAACAACUGAAACAGACGUUCGGCGAUUCGUUUGGAGGAACAUCGUCACAAGGUUCGGCGUGCCUUAUGCAAUUGUGUCGAAUAAUGGCUCCCAAUUCGUCGGAAAAGAGUUAACUGGACUCUGUGCUGAGUUCGGAAUUAGAUUCUUCAAUUCAACCCCAUCCUACCCCCAGGGCAACGGCCAGGCCGAAGCCACUAACAAGACUGUUUGCGCUGGCAUCAAACGUCGGCUUGACUCAAAACGAGGAAAAUGGGCCGAGGAACUGCCUAGGGUCCUUUGGGCCUAUCGCUCCACUCCCAGACGCUCCACUGGCCAAACUCCCUUUGCAAUGGCCUUCGGCAUGGAGGCUGUCAUCCCACUGGAAUCAAGGUUCCCGACCCUGCGCACCGAAACUGUUGAUCUAGAAUCCAACAAUGAUGCAGUGGCAACAGAGCUUAUCUUAGCCGAAGAAAAGCGAGACGAUGCUCAGCUCAACCACAACUCGAUUAAACAUAUUGGUUCGAGUAUGUUCAUACUUUGA